CCAUCAGCCGGUAACUCAGUCCUCCAGACACAGUCGCUCCUGCCGGCCUGCGCUAUGGGCUGCCGGGCAGCUGCAGCCUGGCCUCUCCGCCUCCCUGCGCUCUCCACCCGGACACUGGCAGCGCUCCGGCCCGGAGCCUCCGCUGCGCUCUGGACCAGGAGGAACCUGAAGGUGCAGGCGGCCGGUGAGCAGGCGGGGAAGCUGAAGAGCGUCGCUGAUCUGCCGGGGCCCAGCUGGUCCACCACUCUGUACUGGCUCUUUGUCAAAGGCUACGCUGACAGGGGCCACUUGCUGCAGUGUUUACAGAAGAGUCGCUACGGCCCCAUCUGGCGCUCCAGAUUCGGGCCCUUUGACAUGGUCAACGUAGCGUCGCCGGAGCUCAUAGCCCAGGUGAUCCAGCAGGAGGGUCGCUACCCGGUCCGGAUAGAGCUGCCUCACUGGAAGGAGUACCGGGACCUGAGGGGACAGGCGUACGGCCUGCAUGUGGACACAGGACCAGAGUGGCACCGCAUCCGCAGCGUCCUGAACCCCAAGAUGCUGAAGCUGCGGGAGGUGUCGGCCUACGCCCCCAUCAUCCACCAGGUGGUGGGAGACCUGCUGGGACGGGUCGAGCUUCUCCGCCGUCGCAGCCCGGACCAGGCCACCGUGUCGGACCUGGCCGCUGAGCUCUACAAGUUCGGCUUUGAAGGUAUUUCAGCCGUCCUGUUUGAGACCAGGCUGGGCUGCCUGCAGGAGGAGAUCCCUGAAGACACCCUGCGCUUCAUAACUGCCGUCAACAACAUGCUGACGCUUUCCGACAUCGUCAUCCUGUUGCCCCGCUGGAGCCGCAGCGUCCUUCCCUUCUGGAAGCGCUUCGUCCAGGCCUGGGACGACCUCUACGGUGUCGCUCAGAAACUCGUGGACCGAAGGAUGGCUGAGCUGAAAGCUCAGGUGUGCAGCGGCGAGCCUGCGGAGGGGAUGUACCUGACGUACCUGCUGUCGUCUGACAAGAUGAGCCGAGCGGAAGUCUACAUAAGCGUGACGGAGCUGAUGCUGGGAGGGGUGGACACGACGUCCAACACCUUGUCCUGGGCGUUGUACCAUCUAGCGAGGGACCAGAGGGUCCAGGACCGCCUGCACAGCGAAGUGGAGUCUGUGUGUCCUGACAGGAAGCAGCCGAGCACAGGCGACCUGAGCCGGAUGCCCUACCUGAAGGCGAUCAUUAAGGAGACGUUACGCCUGUAUCCAGUGGUGCAUGGAAACGGACGCUUCGUCUCAGAGAACGAGGUGGUUUUGGACGACUACUGGUUCCCAAAGAAGACUCAGUUCCACCUGUGCCACUACGCAGCCUGUCACGAUGAGGCAGAGUUUGCCAACGCGGAGGACUUCAUCCCGGAGCGCUGGCUGAGCGUGGAGCCUCCCAGCCGCCACGCCGGCAGGGCCAAUCCCGGCUUCUACGCGCACCAUCCGUACAGCUUCAUCCCGUUCGGGGUCGGGGUCCGGGCCUGCGUGGGCAAGAGGCUGGCAGAGAUGGAGAUGCACUUCGCUCUGUCCAGGCUGAUGCAACAUUACCAGGUGGAGCCUGAAGACGGAGCGCCGGCCGUGGAGCCGAAAACCCGGACCCUGCUCAUCCCUUCAAAACCCAUCAACCUGCGGUUCCUGCCCAGAACCUGAAGAGGAAGAGGCGACAUGCUUCCCUCCCGGCUCCGUCGCUCUGCAGACUCAGACGUGAACGCCGCACCCGAAGCUCGGGCUCCGCUCGCCGCGCUGCAACGGCAUGAAAUCGGGAACAUAAAGAGUUAAAUUUUAAGGAUUUGUUGAGCAGGGCGUAUAACCCCUUAUUAGGUCCUAAAAGGAGAUUUAAAAAAAAAAAAAAAAAAAAAAAAAAAACUUCACAAAAACAGCAACACAUAUUGCACUUUAUCUACAAAUAUCCUGCAUUAACAGACUGUCUUUCUCUUACAUCUCUGUGGAGCGAUUCUGGCCCACGCUGCUUUACAGCGAUACUGUAAUUCACUGAGCUUUGCAGAUAUUAGUUACUGCACAACCCUCUAAAGAUCCUAACUGCACAGCCUGGGCUUGGACUAGGCCAUUGCCACGCCCUGAUUCUCUGUUCCAGCCAUUCUGUUGUAGCUCUGCUGAACUCCAGCUGUUGGACGGACAGACGGAUGGAUUCACAUCUGACUCUGAAAUGCUUUGGCAUAUGGAGGAAAAAGCAAAAAGCAGCCCGCAUCAUCAUCCCCCCUCCACCGUGCCAGGCAGCUGCUUUCUGGUGUCUGGUUUCUCUCUGCCGUGCUGAGCGGCACUCGCUCCACUUGUCCUGUCAUGCUGACCUUUAAUCUGCUACCUGGACUAACAGCAACAGGAGGUUAGUUUACUGUGUUUACACUUCAACAUGGAGGUUGCUACCCACCAGGUACUGAAAUAAAAAGAAUACUUUGUAGAUCUAAACCCACAGUUUAACCUAUUUAGGGGUCAGGGACCUAUUGCUUGUGGCCAGGUUUUAACUCAUGUACUGGUGUCUAGAGAUAUGAUGUUUUUUCCUCGUGGACACCUCCCCAGAUUGAAGAACGUUGAUUUUUAUAAUAUUAAAUUUUACAGUCAAACAGAUGUGAAGCAUGCAUGGAGGCAGGGAGGCUGGGAUGGUGCUCUUUUCUGAUAUUUAUAUUCACAGUUUAGCCUUCAGACUUUUACAGAGUUUUUAACUUUUACAUGUGCUUACUUGCCAGUUUGUUUCUGAUUUUUUUUUCACCUAUACAUAUAUGAUUAUUAAUGAUUACAGAGAAAUGAACAUAACAGAAUGAUGUCUUCACUCUUUCAUUUGUCUUCAUCGUACCAACUCCAGCCUCGCCACACGUUUCCUAACUCUUUUAAACCAAAAAUUGUGAGAUAUUACUGGAUUUCUUGUGUGUUAGUAUUUUUUUAUGAUUAUUUUGAAAUGAAGACAAAACCCUCAUUUGAAGAUUCACGAUAAGGAAAAAGUUAGCUUAAACAAUCAAAAUAAAUUGCCUAAUUGGUAUAUUUUUAUUCAAAGCAGCUGAUAUUGCUGCGUUUUAGACUUGUUGCACAUUUUUUAUGUUUUUCUGUGUGUCUUAUUUCUAAUCCAGUCUGGAGUUUUAUGAGCUGUGACUCUCAUGCUAAAUAAAAUAUUUUAAUGAUGUGUU